AUGAGUGAUCCCAAGUAUGGUUACGCUUAUCCACCUCAAGGGCCUUAUCAAGGACCUCCUGUGAUGGCUCCUCCUCAAUAUUAUGCUGCUGCUCCACCACCAAAAAGAGAACCAGCUUUGCAGCAUUAUGUUGCUGCUGUCUCCUGGAUGAGUGUUGCUGCGACCCCUCCAUUUUAUUUGUUACCUGAUAAUACCAUGACCUUUAGUACAUAUUAA